AUGGAAGCAGAGCAUUUAAGUGGCGGCGGCGGCGUCAAACUCGAGCGGGGCAACAGCCGGCGCUACAGGACUGCGUUGAUUGUGUGUGCGUGUCUCUGCGGUGCUUUGCUGCUUGCGCUCAUAGUGGUCUCCCAAAGAAGUAAACAGCAGGAAUUCUGUCUGACUCCCGAGUGCAUUGAGGCGGCUGGAGCUAUUCUGAGUAAAAUGGACAACUCGGUAGACCCCUGCGACGACUUCUACACGUUCUCCUGCGGCGGUUGGCUGGAGAACAAUCCCAUUCCCGAAGACUCGUCCUCAUACGGGAUCUACCCGUGGCUUCGCCAGCAGGUGGACAUGCGACUCAAAGAAUUACUAGAAAUGCCCACUGAACCCGACGAGCUGGAGGCAGUGACCAAGGCCAAGAUCCUCUACCGCUCCUGCAUGAACGAGAGUUUACUGGAGGAGGUGGACGCCCAGCCCGUGCUGAGGACGCUCCAGCAGCCCGAGUUCCGCUGGCCCGUGUUGGGCGACGGCCUCGGCGGCGACUUCCGCUGGUCCGAGCAGGACUGGAGCCUCCUGAGGACUCUGUCCCACAUGAGAAACCAGCACAGCAAGAGCAUCCUUAUCCGAAUCUACGUCUCCCCUGACGACAAGAACUCCUCCAAGUACAUCAUCAAGCUGGACCAGGCCUCCUUGUCUCUGCCGUCGAGGGAAGACUAUAUCACGAACACCUCUGCUGCACAGACGUACCGUGCGGCCUUGUUGAGCUUGAUGGUGGACACGGCCGUCAUGCUGGGCGCUCCCCAGAAAGCAGCACGGGUCCAGAUGGAGAAAGCGCUCGACUUUGAGACCAAACUGGCUCACAUCCUGAUUCCCUUUGAGAACCGCACCAGUGAGAACAUGUACAACAGAUACACGCUGUCCCGACUGCAACGCCAAUUACCGCAGUUGGACUGGUUGUUCUUCAUCAAGACGGUGGUGGAGUCCGACAGCGACCCGUCUCGCGUCGUCUCCCCCUCGGAAGCCAUCAUCGUACGAGCGCCGCAGUAUUUCCGGGACCUCGUCAAGCUCAUCGACGCCACAGACCCGAGGACCGUAGCCAACUACGUACAGUGGAGAGCAGUUUUUUCCAAGCUCACCACCCUCAGCCGCCGCUUCCUCUACAGAUAUCUCGAUUAUGCGAGGGUAACCACGGGAGCCACAUCUCUGACGCCUCGUUGGGACAAGUGCAUCAACUACAUCGAGAAUUCUCUGGUUUACGCCACAGGCCGCCUCUUUGUCGACACCUACUUCCAGGAGGACAAGAAACACAUGAUGGAUGAGCUGAUUGACGGCGUUCGCUGGGCGUUCGUUGACAUGCUGCGGAAGGAGAACGAUUGGAUGGACGAGGCGACCAAGACGAGAGCCGUGGAAAAGACUCACGGCGUCUUGGCCAAAGUGGGCUACCCCGAGUUCAUUCGCAAUGACACCUACCUCAACGACGACUUGAAGGAGCUGGACUUCGACGAGACCGACUACUACGGGAACGUGUUGCAGACGCUGAAGUUCAUCGCUCAGUCCGACGUGACCUGGCUUCGAAAGACGGUCCCGCGCACAGAGUGGUUCACCAACCCCACCACAGUCAAUGCCUUCUACAGCUCCUCCACCAACCAGAUCAGAUUCCCUGCUGGUGAGCUCCAGAAACCUUUCUUUUGGGGGAAAGAGUAUCCAAGGUCGUUGAGUUACGGCGCCAUCGGCGUGAUCGUCGGACACGAGCUGACGCACGGAUUCGACAAUAACGGAAGAAAGUACGAUAAGGACGGCAACCUGGACCAGUGGUGGAGCAACGCCUCGGUGACGGCCUUCACAGACAAGACUCAGUGUAUGGUGGAGCAGUACAACGACUACUUCUGGGAGGAGGCGGGACUAAACGUCCGUGGUAAGAGGACGCUAGCAGAGAACAUCGCAGACAACGGUGGAAUGAGACAAGCGUUCAGGGCGUACCGGCGCUGGGUGGACGAGAGCCGAGGCGGCGUGGAGGAGCCGCUCCUGCCCGGUGUGGGACUCGACAACAACCAGCUCUUCUUCAUGAGCUACUCACACGUCCGCUGCAACUCGUACAGAGCCGAGGCCGCCAGGGACCAGAUACAAAGUGGUGUCCACAGUCCACCUAAGUACAGGGUGAUCGGAGCAAUGAGUAACUUCCCCGAGUUCAGCGAGGCCUUCGGCUGCCCCGACUCGUCCGUCAUGAACAGAGGCGCACACUCCUGCCGGGUGUGGUGACCUUUCAACACGGCGGAGUUCCCAAUUUUUACGUGGAAACAGCAAUUUGUUCAGGGGCACGGGUUUGUACGAGCAGAACUUUCCAGAGACUUUAUAUUGUUAUUAUUAUGAUUAUUAUUCAUCCAUGCGGUUUUCGAACCACUUAUCCUCACUAUUAUUGUUUUUUAACUGUGACAAGAUUAUAUCAAUGAAGCUUUGGAUGAUGGGUUUUUGUGUGUGUGUAUAAACUGCUUUAUAUUUCACAGCUACAAGAUGAACAAUAAUUAUUAUUUUUUUUUUCAUUAAAUCAUAAUAAUCACUUUUUUCAUAUCAAUUUUUCUUGUUUUUGGUCAACGAGGGUUAAAAUGGCAAAGUGAUUUCUACUAGCAAAUUUGAGAAGAAAUCUAAUGAAUGAUGCAUUUAUUAAAUGCAUUAUAUUGAUGUCAUUAUUAUAAAUGUAUAAUAAUUACUCAUUUGAAAUUAUUCCGAAAGUACAACAGUCUUAUUCAAAAUAAUAUAUGUACUUUUAUUACGAUAAAUGCUAUACUGUAUUAUAUUUAAUACUUACCUAGAUUUGCAUUGCAAUGACAAUAAUAAUUGGGGGUUAAAAUGUUAGAAUUUCCAAAGUUAUUUAUUUAGAAUUUGAAAUGAUAAAAAUAAAUGAGGUUUUGAA